AUGGCCGAUGGCAUCUCGUCGGCGGCUCAGGGUUCGGCCAAACAGCCCCCCUCGACCAUGCGAACCGCCCUUCCAUCACGGCGCAUGUCCCCGAAAGCCCGAGACGGAGGGCAGCAUGGCGCGGUAGAGCACGCGAGAAUCCCCAGCCCCGGCCCCAGUGCCGACAACAUCGACUCGACGACCCUGCGCCCGGAAAUGCGACGCAGCGAGAAGGACGGAAGCCAGACCCAGCCCGGCACCGACGACAGCGAGUUCUGCAUCCGGGCAAACCGGCCAGGUCUGCAGCAACUGCGGUACAACGAGGACACCGCUGUGGAGGAGAUCGCCUCAGGGAACGACGAUUUGCAACGCUUGUGGCCUGUACCAAAAGGCGAGAAACGCUUCGCGGCCAACUAA